AUGGCUCUUCGAUCUUCCAUCUCGCCAUCCUCAUCCACCAAGACCCAGAUUCAGACCGCCAUCAUGAGUCCUGGCAUCAGCUCACGUCUACUGCCCCAUUUUCUCCAUCACAUCGUUGCCGUGACCUCCACCUUUCACUCGUCGCCCUCGCUGCAACAUCUACCCUUUCGGCACCAUCGUCUUGUGCCUGACUGGUCGAUCGACUGUCGUCUCAUGCAGGUGGGCCAGUCGACACCGCCUGCGCACCCCACGGCCGGCUUCCAGUUGGCUCGUCACCCGCAUUGGCCUACUGUCGUGGCCUUUGCCCUCCGGAUCGCCCCCCUGGAAUCCCACGCACUCGACCAUUCUAUCACCUUCCACAACCCACGAUGCCACAGCAAAUGGGCAGGCCACUGGGCUUUCGAGCUGCAAGACUCUGGAGACACCCCCAAAGGACCCAUGUUCGCUUUCUUCCCACGGCUUGCACCACUCGCACGUCCUCAUCUACUCAUGAGCUUGUCACAUCCAUCCACCAUGACGAAGUAUGGGGUCGCCUGCUCACGUCUCUUAUCCCAUGAUACUUUUAUGACGAACCCUCUCAAACAGUUAGUGUGCAUGUCUCAGGAUCCCAUCACAAAAGGUCACCGGUCGACAGCACCCUCAAACGAGCAGAGAAGCAGGUACUAUGUACGCCAUCUCGUCGAUGGGCUUGGUUUCCAUCUCAGUUUGGUGGACGCCCCACGCCCGGCCGUGGAUGUUGUUGUGCCCACGUGA